UUGCUGCUGCACUAAUUAAACCAUAAUUGUAUACCGAUCGACAAUUCGGCAUGUUCAAAUUCAAUUUCUCCUUGGAAAAUCAGGAUGAAACGGACACAAUACCUGAUGACCUAAAAAGUAGUGGCAAAACUUCUAUUCAAGAAACAGAUGGGCAAGAAAUUGAAAUAUCUAAUGAUCAUUUUCAGAAAAUGAAACCCUAUCGCGAAAGCGGUUCGCCUACGAGUCUCGUAUGUGAAUUUCAUCUUGUUGAUUUGAAGCACGUUGAAGAGCUUAUCACAUCACAAAAGAGUGGAGAAUAUGAAUCUUUAAAGACUGCCAUUCAAAUGAAUAGUGAUGUUAUAAGUGGAGUGUAUGAAGGUGGAUUAAAAAUAUGGGAGUGCACCCUUGAUCUUUUGGAUUACUUGAAUAAAGAAUCGGUUCAAUUUGAUGGGUUGGAUGUCCUUGAUCUUGGAUGUGGAGCAGGGCUCCUCGGCAUGCAUGCACUGAGAAAGGGAGCACAGACUGUCCAUUUUCAGGACUAUAAUGCUGAAGUGCUUUCCCUUUGCACCAUUCCUAAUGUGAUUCUCAACAACAAUCCAGAUGUAAAGAGCAAAACAAAAUUUUUUGCUGGAGAUUGGGGCUCAUUGCAUCAUAAACUCAAAAACUAUGAUAUUAUUCUUACUUCUGAGACUAUUUACAAUCCUGAAAAUUAUGGAAAAUUAAUUAAAAUUUUUGAAGAGAUGAUCAAAGAAAAUGGAGUCAUCUACAUAGCAGCGAAACAUUUUUACUUUGGUGUUGGAGGUAACGUAUACGAGUUCGAAAAACUGCUUCGACAAAACGAAAGAUGGAGCACAUCAAUCUGUUUUUGCUCCACUGAAGGUGUGAAGCGAGAAAUCUUAAAAAUUGUCCAAUCUGCAGAUCAGAACCACCAAAGUUAAAAGUACGAUUUGUCAGCUUCCCAAUUUUCUCCUGAUGGCCGAGUGUUCCAGGUCGAGUAUGCUAUGAAAGCCGUCGAAAACAGCGGAACUGCUGUUGCCCUACGAGGUAAAGAUGGUGUAGUAUUUGCUGUGGAGAAACUGGUGACAUCAAAACUGUAUGAGGCUGGGGCAAAUCGAAGAAUUUUCAACAUUGACACACAUAUCGGAAUGGCAAUUGCUGGUCUACUAGCAGAUUCUAGACAAAUUGUUGAAACUGCAAGGACAGAAGCUUCAAACUAUCGUGCUGAAUAUGGCGGCAACAUCCCUGUCAAAUAUUUGGCUGAUCGUGUUGCCAUGUACAAACAUGCCUACACUCUGUAUUCUGCUGUCAGACCCUUUGGCUGUGCUGUUGCACUUGGAUCUUAUGAUGAAAUUGAUGGUCCUCAACUUUUUAUGGUGGAUCCAUCUGGGGUUUCUUUUGGCUAUCUUGGCUGUGCAAUGGGUAAAGCAAGACAGGCUGCCAAAACGGAGAUGGAAAAGCUUAAGCUUAAAGAUAUGACUUGUAUGGAACUCCUAAAAGAAGCUGCAAAAAUCAUUUAUAUUGUCCAUGAUGAAGUCAAGGAUAAACACUUUGAAAUGGAGCUCAGCUGGGUAGGAUCUGUCACCCAAGGCCGUCAUCAGAAAGUCCCUCAGGACGUGUAUACAGAAGUGGAGCGAUACGCUAAAUCCGCCCUUGAAGAAGAUUCUGAUUCUGGUAACGAUGAUAUGUGAAGACCGGGAAUGAAGAGGGUGACCGAGUUAAUACACUUUGGAAUACAA